UGUUUUAAAUUUUAAAAUUGCAACACUGAGAUUGUCGAACAUUGAAUUGCCACAAAUCUGUCUGCAGGUGUUACGGAGUUUUCCCCACAAAACAAGUUCGAGAAGUUAAUAAUGACUUUUUUAAAUAUUAUAUCAAUUGCGAGUUGUAUCCCUUCACUGCUGCUCAUACUACUGGUGUCAGCUCAAAAGAAGACGCAGCCCGCGCUGGUGUCUCCGUGCCCUAGUGUCUUCGAAUACGACACAAGCAUACAGCAUCCAGGUAGAUGGUACGGCGUUAUCAAGCUAUCAAGCGACUACACUAUCCACUCGUUGUGGUUAAGAGUACAUUUCGACAACCAUACUAUCGCGUUUAAGAACUGCUUAGGAAGCGUGACGCAGGAGAACAUAUUCGAAUUUAUGAUCAACAGAACGGAUUUCGUAAUCAACCCCGGCGAAGUGAAGAAAGUACAGUUUUAUGUUGAAUAUAAGGUUACGAUGGCUCCGCCUAAAGUAAAAUAUAUAUUGUUUAAUGGACACAAAAUAUGCGGGCCGUCAGACUCUCUGAUCCUGCGACGUUCACAGUAUCGUUACCACGGGACUGAUAUGACUGGAUGUCCUUACCGACCAGGUGCUCCGCCACCAUCCUCGGAGGAGGAAACUUCUAGAAACUCAACAAAUCAUAUACAAAGCACUACCAAGGCCGGCGUGGAGUCUAAUUCAACAAAAAAGAUUGAAAACACAGACGUAGAGGAUUUAUUAGGAGGAUCAGUGACCUUUAUGUUGCCGAAUACAAUUAAUAACUAUCACAACAAUAGUGAACACAGCCAUUGUGGUAGAAUAUACGCAAAAUCACCUUUGGUCAUAGGAGAAGCGAUCGAGUCUAUACAAUGGCCUUGGCAAGUGUCAAUAUCAAGGUGGACAGCCAGUAGUUUAUAUUAUGACGUUGAACGGAAGUAUCGGUGUAGUGGCACCUUGGUUUCGACGAGACACGUGAUCACGGCUGCUCAUUGUCUCACGGUUCUCGGUCAGACCGUUGAGCAAGACGUCGAAUCAAUUUUUGCGGGCCAGCCGCGGUUGUACGUUCAAACCGUUUAUCAGCAACACACUUUGGUUGAAAGCAAAAAUAUCAAAGUUCAUCCGGAGUUCGACUACCAAACAUUCAGAAACGACCUGAGCAUUGUGGAGUUACAACGUCGAGUAACAUACUCUACCUGGGUUAGGCCGGCGUGUCUCUGGCCGCAGACGCCGGUACCCGAGAAGCACCUCGCGAAAACUGGAGUGGUGGCGGGCUGGGGUUUCGAUCAGUCUGGAGAACAAAAUGAACUAUUAACUACAAUCGAAAUGUCCGAGGUGGACACGCAGUCCUGUCUUCAAGCUCACGAUGCUUCGUUGGCGAACUACUUAACCGAUAAGGUUUACUGCGCGAAAUAUGUCAAUGGCACUAGUAACUGCCACAACGACAGCGGGGGCGGCAUGAUGGUCCGAGUGAGGAACAAAUGGUACCUGCGCGGCGUGCUCUCGUUCUACUACUCGCCCGAGCUGCAGCACGCCUGUCAGAGUCACGCCCUGUUCACGGACGUCGCCAAGCACCUGCCCUGGAUCAAACAGCACGUCUACGACUUCUUGUGAUGUCAACGAAUAGGAAUAAACGAAUAACUAAGUC